AUGCGAUUUCGAAAUCUCUCGACCUCGUCUGACUCGGAUGAUACGUCAUUUUUCAAGGAAGACAGCAACGACAAUGAAUACUUAGAACACUUCUCCAAUGAUACGAUUACUAGUAGAAGUUAUGAUAACAAAAAGAUGAAUAUGUCAUCAAAUGGAUCUGUUAGGUCACUUGGGUCGUCUAAACUCGAAGGUUAUAAUAAUAUAAUGCUGAAGAUACCAUCCAACGAAUCCAUCAGGUUUCCUAAAUCGCCCGCUUCCGAAAACUACAGCGACGACACAAUUACCGGUGAAGGCUAUAAUCAUAAUAGGCUCCAGAAGAAAUCCUAUGAGCCCAUCGGAUUGCCCAGAUCACCUAGACUAAAUGACUACAGUAGUAGUAUAAGUGGUUCCAUAACUCCCCGAAGUAAUAAAAAUAUUUUACCGUAUCCUCAAAACAGUAAAGCAGAUUUCCUGAGUCCUCGAAUUGAUGGAUAUGGAUAUCAACCCUAUCAACCUCCAUCCCCAAUGUUAUAUCCCGAGAAACAUAAUGAGAAGUCUUUUCCAUCGACCCCUAUCAAAAGUCGAUAUGACUACUUCGAAAGUCAAGAGAAACCUUCAUCCCCAAACAAAAAAGAAAAGAGAUCUUUCUCUCUCGGGAAAUCAUUUACAUCUUUUGUCAUGAACACAAGAUUCAGGUCACUCAACAAGAAACCUGCUUCUUUAAAACAUACUUCUUUAAAACGUACUUCCCUAAAAUCUGCAUUUCCAGAUGCCCAACAGAAUACACCCCAAAUUGUUUAUGAGAUUUCUGAAGCACCACUACCCACAAUAACACCAAUUUCGCCGAUGUCCCACCAGUUACCGAAAGAUUAUUUUUCCGAAGACUGUGCUAAUGAUGAGGAUAAUCGGUCAGAGGAUAUUGAUGCAACUGCCUUGACGAUAGAUGAAUUGCACAAGAUGGUGUUGAACCUACGAAAAGGAUUCUGUCAGCUAAGGGACGAAGUUAAAGAUUUAAAGCUAGAGAUCAAAAUAUUGAGAGGGGAAGAGAGAAGAAUGGAAGACAAGGUGGACGGUAGUGGAUGGUUAUAA